CUCUGCUACGUCGCCCUGGACUUCGAGCAGGAAAUGGCCACCGCCGCCGCCUCCACCUCCCUCGAGAAGUCCUACGAGCUUCCCGACGGUCAGGUCAUCACCAUCGGUAACGAGAGGUUCCGCGCUCCCGAGUCCCUGUUCCAGCCUUCAUUUGUGGGCAUGGAAUCUUGCGGUAUCCACGAGACCGUCUACAACUCCAUCAUGAAGUGCGACGUCGACAUCCGUAAGGACCUGUACGCCAACAAUGUCCUGUCCGGUGGUACCACCAUGUACCCCGGUAUCGCCGACAGGAUGCAGAAGGAGAUCACCGCCCUCGCUCCCUCCACCAUCAAGAUCAAGAUCAUCGCUCCCCCUGAAAGGAAGUACUCCGUAUGGAUCGGUGGUUCCAUCCUGGCCUCCCUGUCCACCUUCCAGACCAUGUGGAUCUCCAAGCAGGAGUACGACGAGUCCGGCCCCGGCAUCGUCCACCGCAAGUGCUUCUAAACCUCGAACAACUGUGAACUACCAAUUGGUGCACUUGAAACUCGAAUACCAGACUGAAUUGAUACAGUUUUGUUUGGCGAUGGUCGAACCCUGGCUGACGCCAGUCCUGCAUGACUGGGGGAAAAACAGAACACGGCUCUUUGCAUAAAAAUUGAAUCACAAUCCUGCUUGGCCGAAGUUCGCAUCCCAAAGGACGCACAGGGCCGCUGCGGCUCUCGGAAUCCACUUAAAGGGACCGGAAAGACAUUGGAAUAGCAUUUCACUUCAUUUUCUUUACAUUUAUUUCAUGUAUGUGUGCGUAUAAAAUAUUGUUUAUGAAUAUAUCUAUUGUAUUUUGGUACAUAUGUUUUGGUCCAUAACUUUCAGCAAUGGUAAACAUCUUUUUUUUUGCGACAAUUCUUAUAAAAUAAACGGAGAGAUUUUAUCAUCAA